AUGAAAAUUUUAAAAGAUAAAAGGAAUAUUCGCUAUGAGUAUGAAUUGGAUAAGUUAAAAAAAAAAAAAAAGGAUAAUAUUUUAAUUUUAAACAUAAUUAACAAUAAAAUUAAUUAUAUUUGCUAUAUAUUGAAAAGUGAGUAUAGGAAUAUUAUCAAUGAUGUUAACUAUGAAAAUAGUAAUUCUUUAGAAAUCUGUUUUUAUUAUUGUAAACCAUAUAUAUCCUUUUUACUUUUAUUUUAUCCAUAUAUUCAUAAUUAUAUAAGAUGUUUAAGAAAUAAUAGUUUACGGAUAUAUAAGAACUUUUAUAAAUACAUUUUAGACCUACCUAACAAUUUCCAUUCUUUACUUUUUAAAUUGAGGAUAAUUGAUGAAAUAAAAUUAAAAAAUUCCUUAAAUUCAAGCAACGAUUACGAUGAAAUAAAAAAAAUAUGUGAAAACAAUACUUAUAAUAGUUACCAAAAUGAUUCAAUGUCUGACUUACUUUUAAUAAAUGCAUAUUUUCACGACUGUUUUUCUAAAAAAAAUUUUAUAAAAAUAUUAUUUUCUAGAAUUUAUGUAAAGAAAUAUCACAAAAAUAUAUUUAGAAUACUAAAAAUAAUUUUAUAUUAUUUUUCCUUACCAUCAUUUUCUUUUUCAAAAAAAUUUUUUGAGUGGUAUCACAAUAAAAAAUCAAAGGACAGAAAGAAAAUAAAAAUAUCAAGAAAAAAAAGUAAGAUAAAUGAGAAAAUAAAUAUAAAGAGAAAUUAUAAGUUAGAAAAUAUUAAAAAAAAAGGUAAAAAAAAAAAAAAAUUUAAAAAGCUUUAUUUUAAAGUUCCUUUAUUUAAACAUGUAAUUAUACCAACCAUAUAUAUUAACGACUAUUAUAGUAACACUAAAAAAUUAUUGAAGAGCAAACUUGUUAAAAUUAAAAAUAAAAAAAGAGAGGAAACAGAAUCAUUUUUAUCAGAUAAUAGUGAUAAUGUAAGUAGUGAAAAAAGUUUAAGUUUUUUAAGUGAUUCAGAAGAAGAAAAUGAAGUGAAAUCGUUUUUAAGAAAAGAAAUAUUCUGCUCUGAAAAUGAAAAUGAGAAUGAAAAUAAAAAUGAGAAUGAAAAUAAAAAUGAAAAUAAAAUUUCCGAAUGUAGAAAUAUAAACUAUGAUGAACAUAAGGGAAAUGAGAAAAUGAGUGAAGUAAAGAAAUGUGUGGAUGAUAUCCAUGAACUAGAUUCAAAUAUAAGUAUAGUAAAAGAAAAUCAUGAAAAAGAUACUCAUACAAAUUCGAAAAAUUACAUUGAAGAUUGUGAUAAUUACACUUCAUUAAAUAAAUGCAUAAAUGAAAACUUCACUGAAUUCAUUAAAAAAUAUAAAACCAAAAAUAAAUCAUUAAAAAGUAUAGAAUAUAUAUAUGGUAAUUAUGUAGGAAGAGAAAUACAAGAUUUUUUUUUAAAUAAAAAAAAGAAAAGUUAUAAAAAAAAAAUGUAUUCACAUGAUAUGUGGAAAAAAUUAAUAAACUUCAAUGAUGCAGAUUAUAAUAAAAAUACAUUAAUACACAAAGCUUGUCUGGUUGCUAAUACUAAUAUUAUUUUUCUUCUUUUGAAUUUAAAUGUAAAGUUAAUAACAUAUAAUGAUAAAUUAGAGCUACCAUUACAUUGUACUGUGUAUAACUGUGACGAAUAUAUUUUCCUACUACUCUUACACAAUACAGUAGAAUAUUUAUUUUUUUUUUAUUUAAACCAAUAUUAUAAUAAAAAAAAGUAUAUAAUUAAUAAAAAAGUUAAUGAACAAAAUAUUCUUAAAAAAGAAGAUUUUCAUUUGAAUGAACAAGAAAAAAAAGAUAAAUGUUUAAACAACAAAUCAGAAAAAAAGAAUAAAAAUAUUAUAAGUAGUAAUACAAAAAUAAAUAAUAAAAUCAAGAAAAAAAAUUAUAAUAAAUAUAUAAAAAAUAAUUUUUUUUAUAAUAAAAAUAUAAAUGGUAAGUUUUUAUCCAAUGUAGUUAAAUUAUAUAUAAGUGUAAUUGUAAAAAUUAUUGAACUUGGAAAUUUUGAAUUUCUGAAAAUCCUUUUUAAUUAUAAUAAAUAUAUUUUUUGUUACAUAAUUCAAAAAACAGAAAUAUUUUACUUUUUAUGUUUAUUUGCACAUAUGUACAAUUGCGUUAAUACAUUUCUUAAAUUUUGUGAUAAUAUUCUAAGCUUUAACUUUUUUAGUCAAAAAAAAAAAAAAAAGAAAAAAAGAAAAAAUGAGGAAAUACAAUUAUCAGAAUAUAAGAAUUUUAUUUCAAAGAAAAACAAAAUAAAUUCUGAAAUAUCCAAUAAUAAUUUUUUUUUGAUAAAUAGUUAUGAAAAAAUGGGAAUGUUUCCUGAUGAAAAUUCGUCUGAUAUCAAAAACAAGAAUGAAGAAAAUAUUCAUAAUCAAAUUAAUAAUAUCAAAGGAGAUUCUGAAAAUAUUCAAAGAAUAAGUCAAGCAGAUGUAAAUAAUAUUUUAAAACAAAAAAAGGCUUAUAAGGAAGAAAGACCUUUAAAUAAGAAAAAAAAAAAAAUAGAUUUUAUAAACAAUUAUAUUAUAAAAAAAAGAACAAACAAAAAAAGUAGAAUAGAAAUAUUUUAUUCAAAUGAAUGUGCUAAACAUAUUUAUGUUCCAGAACCAACUGAUUAUCCAUAUUUAAGAAAGAAAAUUAAAACUAAUAUUCCUGAAAAUUCUAGUAGGUUAGAUGUAUUGAUUUCUAAUAAACAUGGAAUAUUGAAAUUGAACACUUUUGUAAAUUUUAAAUUAAAAAGAGUUCAGAGAAAAGCAACAGUAACUGAUAUUUUAAGAGUACACGAUAUUUCUUACUUGAAAACUUUAUUAUAUAAAAUGAAAAAAUACAAUUUAAAUGAAGAUGUAAAUGAAAAUUUCUUAGAAGAAACUAAAAAUAAUAAAAAAAAAAAUUACUUAAUAAACUCUGAUGAUAAUAGUGAACUUAAUAAUACUAUUUGUGAAAAUUUUGAUAAAUUAAAAAAUCAUAUUGAUACUUAUGAAUCUGUUAAUGAAAAUACCAAUUCAACUGAUGUAUUAAAGCAAAACCAUAUAAUUGAUAAGAAAAAAUUCAUUGAAGAAAGAAAUGAAGAUAACCAAAAGAAGAUAAGCAAUGGAACAUGUUAUGAUAGAAAUGAUUGUGAAGAAAAUAUCAUUGAAAAAGUAUGUGAUAAACAUAAUGAUGAACUAAUAAUUGGAGAAAAAAAGUAUGGUAUAGAAAAAUCUGAUGGAAAUGAAAUGAAAGAAAAAGUAUCCAGCUAUAAUAAUAUAAACACAAAAGAUGUUCAAAUAAAAAGUAAAAAGUGUACUAAAGAGAAAAUAGACAAAUUAAUAUUAUUAGAUAAUGAUACAUUUAUUAAUAAAUAUUCAUUCAAUUGUGCCUUAAAUGCUAGCGGAGUAGUUUUAAAUGCAGUUGAUUAUAUAUAUUCAAAAAAAAAUAAGAAUAAAAAAGUUUUUUGUGUAGUAAGACCUCCAGGUCAUCAUUUAGGAACAUUUGGUGCAGCUCAGUUUAAUUUAACUGAUGAAGAUAGAGCUGCAGGAAGUCAAGGUUUUUGUCUUUUAAAUAAUAUAGCUAUAGGGAUUUCUUAUGCAAAAUAUAAAUAUGAAAAAUUUGAAAGAAUUGCUAUUAUAGAUUUUGAUAUCCAUCAUGGUAAUGGAACUGAACAAAUCAUUAGAAAUUUGGGAUUAAAAAAAAUAAGAGUUAAUGAUUAUAUUGAUAUAUAUAGUUGGAAGGGAUGGAAAGAUAAAAAUGAUAAGAAGAAUAUAUUUUUUAGUUCAAUUCAUGCAUUUGAUGGAUAUUUUUAUCCUGGUACUGGUUUUGAUGCAGUAGAACUCGAACCAUAUAUAAUAAAUGUUACCUUAAAAAAAAAUAUGAAUGCAAAUGACUUUUUGUCAUUAUUUCAUAAUAAUAUUUUAAUACAUUUAUUUCAUUUUAAACCAAAUUUACUCUUUUUAUCAGCUGGAUUUGAUGGACAUAAAUUAGAUUAUGUAAAUAACGGUUUUGUAAAAAAUAAUACUUCCACAUAUUUUUAUUUAACUAAUCUAAUUUUAUCAUUACAGAACAAAUUGAAUUUUCCAAUUAUAAGUGUUUUAGAGGGUGGAUAUAAUACUUCCAAUGAUAUGGGAUCUGUUUUUAGCUUAUCUGUUUUAGAGCAUUUAUUAUCCUUUUACUAUAAUGAUACUUUUUUUUUAUCAGUUAAAAAAAAUAAUAAAAAAAAAUUUUCUCCUUUAAAUGAUGUUGAAAAAAAAGAAUGGGAUAAAAUAGAUAAUACAGAAGAAAAAAAAAACGAUAGUUUUAAUAAAGUGAUUAAUGUCAAUUCAUUAAACGAAACAAAGUAUAAGGGAAAUAUAGCAAAAAAUAAUAACAUAAAAAAUAAAAAGAAAAAAAAUGGAAUACUUAAAUUUCCGCAUAUUUCUUUAGGUAGAAAUAAAAUAGAAGAAAUGUUUAAAAAUUAUUUUAAUGUUUUUAAAGAAAAAACAAAGGAAACAGAAAACUUAAAUUUAGCAAAACAUUUUGAAGAACACGAAAAAUUUUUAAAACACUUUGAUAGAAAACAAAUAGAAAUUAAAAAUAAAGUUAAUAACUUUUUGAUAAAGCACAACUUCCUCUUAAAAAACCUUUUAAAAAAAAGAAGUAAGGAUUUUUCUAAAAUUCGGGAUAUAAAGUUGCCUUAUGAUUCUUAUUUUUAUGAAGUAUUAUCUUAUUUUAAGAUAAAACUAGGAAAAAAAAAAACAGAUAAAAAUAAAAAUUCCAUACAUAAAGACACAAAUCAAUACUUUUCAGUUUUAAACAAUCCAUCUGAUUUAAAUAAUUUUAAACUUACAUAUAUUCAAACGCAUCCUGAGACGAGUUUUCAAUUUAGUAACUUAUGGAAAUAA